AUGUCUCGAACCGAAAGCACUCCGGAUCAUAUUGUACCCCCGUGGACGAAGCAUGCUGAGAUGCUUGGGGACAGUAAAAUGGUACUGUUUUUGUAG